AUGGCUCAAGUUUUUUCAUCUGCUUUCAUGUCUGAACCAUAUGAUCCAUAUGUACCUAAGGAGGGCGCCGCUGGCGGUCCACCUUCAAAAACUGUAGAAAUUCAAAAGAAAAUUGACGAGACAGUAGGAAUUAUGCGCGACAACAUUAAAACUGUUUCUGACAGAGGAGAGAAAUUAGAUGUUUUGCAAAAUAAGAGUGAAAAUUUGUCAGUAUCAGCACAAGGAUUUCGUCGUGGAGCAAAUAAA